AUGGGGUUGGGAUCUCUGGAGGGGGUCCGGGCAGCCAUCGAGCAGAUAUCGCUCCGAACUCAUGGCGGUCACUCGACGAGCACCUACUCGUCCAACUACUCGGGCUCUGAAUACGAGCCCACAUUCCGGCGACUCAUACGCCACUCGAGCCUCGAGACGAUCGGUACGAACAUCACGAGCGCCGGCGACGACUUCGUAUGGGUUGACACCCACUCCCGACUCGUGGAGUUACAGCACAUCCCGUGGGACACGAGGGACGUCCUCACAGUCAUACAGGAGGGCCGACUCCAGCACCAGUUGAGCCGCAUAUCCAUGGAUUGUGUGCCCCGUCUGUCAUACCUAUUGCAGCGCCCGUUAGUCCGCAUCGCCGUUGAGGCCCAACGACUCGCCAAACCUUUAGGUUUAUGUACUAAACACGAGGUAUGCGGUGCCGUACGGGUGCUGUUGAGCGCACAGUUAGCCGACACGUGUGUCAAAUCGGGUCACAGGGCGGCCGCCAUAUUUGCGGUGAGCGGAGGGCCCGACACCUUCCGCCAGUCCAAGAGUGGUCGGGCGGGUCUACAGCUGUCGGUCGGCCGCUUUCACCGAUGGAUGUGCGACACCCGUAUGGGACAGUAUGUCGACGAGUACUCCGCCAUCUAUAUGACCGGUGCGAUGGAGAACCUGUUGGAGGAGAUUAUACUCCACUGCCUGUCCAUCACUGGCGCCGACUGUAUACUGACGGCCAGUCUCUUGGAUACCUGUGUCGCCAAUAACACCGACUUUUGGGGUGUUUUGCAGCCCUUCGCUCAUCUCAUAGCCGGCCGUACGGCUAACGGUGUGCUAUCACUGCCGCCGGGGCUGCAGAUUACGGGCACCGGUAGUGCGAGUGUCGAGAGCACCGGUAGCACUGAUGGUAGCAAAACGAGUGCCAUAAAGGGUUUGGAGCAGAAACUGUUGACUACUUGCGUGGGAAGUGUCCAGCAAUUAGACGAGAUCAUCUCGAGUGUGAGUCAAUACCGGGUGUCAAACCCGCAGACAGUCUACCGGCGAAACGGACACAACUGGUGGUCAACCCAUCACUGGUCGAUGGCUUCCCUCCACUCCCUAUACUAUUACAUGCGUUGCGCACAAUUAGAGCACAACCAGUGCGCACCGGUAGCCGACCCGACCGGUCAGACACCUCUGUCCCAGGAGUUGGUAUACGAGCGGCCAUUCCUGGUGUUACCGCCGCUGUACGAGUGGAUGCGUGUCUGCGCAGCCCAUGCCUACUACCGGCGCUGUCCUGUCAUUGAUAAGGACGAUGUGUUACAAGCGGCCAGGCUACUUUUGCCAGGCAUCGACUGUCCCGUCCGACCCCUGACCCCCACGACCAGCGAGGAGUGGCUGUACUUUAGGCCAGACCUGGACGCUAGUGAAUGCCUGCGCCGACUGAAAGUGGAACUGGCGUUCCGUAUGUUGAGCUGCGGUCGGCCGGACGUACUGACCCACGCCCUGCAACUCCUGCCCCACAACACCGGCAUUAAUACCGUCGACGACUCCGGGCUAACGGCGCUAAUGCGCGCCUGUAUUGCCGGUGAUAUACGACUGGUGCGGGUGUUGUGCGACGCCAACUGCGACGUGAAUGUCGAGACACCGGCCCCACCGACCCAUAAGAAUAGGGAACGGUAUGGCAGUAACGGACACGUGAUGGCCGAGACUCAGCACUGGACGGCGUUGUGUUACGCGUGUAUUCACGGGCACCGGGAGAUCGUCAACAUAUUGCUGGAUAUGGGCGCCAAUGUCGAGGGCGGUUACCGAUACGGCGAGGAGAUGGCCACUCAAACACCACUACAGUUGGCCGCCAGCGCCGGUCGUAUAGACAUCGUAAAAGUGUUGCUGACAUACGGCGCCGACCCCUACCUCACCACUACAGUCAACGACUCGGCGGUCGCCCACUGCUCGGCCUCCCGGGGCUCGUCGUCAGCCAUAGCUUUGGCCGCAAUGCACGGCCAGCAGCUGGUGCUCAGAGCACUGGUAGUUCAGCCCACGUAUGGCCACAACAGUAGCUCCCAUAAGGAUGUGCUCUCUCUGGAGGAGAUGUUAGCCGAGGGCCGGAACAGUAGUGUCGACAGCCGGCGCCCCCGGAUUCAAGUGGUGGCCACCAAUCAGAGUCAGUCCAGUCUGAACACCAGCGAUGGCGGGACUCCCGGUGCCGGAGGACACUCCCCGGAGGGCAGUAGUAGUGGUAGUAAUCAGAAAGUGAUUCAAUUAACAAAACCAAAGCUAAGGGCACUCCAGGAGGCGAUGUAUCACUCGGCAGAGGGCGGGUGUCUCGAGAUUACACUCGACCUCAGAAAUAUCGGUAUCCCGUGGACAAUGCACACGUGGAUGCAAACGGUGGGCACGACUCACGCCAUGCGAUUGGAUGCCAUCACCUCACAGUUGCUGCAAGACUUCACGCAUUUGUGGUGCGAUGACUGCAGCACUCAUUUCAUAGACCAAUGUCUCCCACUUUUGUUCACUAUUUUCAGACAUCAAAAGCACAACACGGGCACAGCCCUACUGUUGGCCGACAUAAUCAGCACGUGUUAUGGCCGACAAGCGGUGAAGUGCCGGCCCCUGAGCGCCAGUUUCGCGAACGGGUCGGACGUGAGGGUCGGCGCCCGGAUUGACGCCAAAUACGUCAACAAUAAGGAUAUGUCUGACUGUGUGUUCAAAGUGGAGAACCGCCUGUUUUUUGCCCACAAAAUCAUUUUAGUGAACGCAAGCAAACGCUUUCAUAAUAUGCUCACCACUGGUGCCCAUCAGACUACCGGUGCUCCCGAUGGUGGCAACGGGUCACCGCCGCAACAGUCGGCGCCCAUUGUUGUCAAUGAUAUCCGCUUUGAUAUAUUCCAGAAAGUAAUGCAAUUCCUAUAUAACGGAGGUUUCGAUACCGACUCAGACGUCGACCAAAACGAUAUUCUGGAGUUGAUGUCGGCGGCGGCCUAUUUCCAAUUGGACGGCCUCUUGCGGUACUGUAGCCGCCGGUGCUGUGACUGCGUGUCUGAGGACAGUGUGGUCUCGCUAUACAUGAAUGCCAUUCAAUACAAUGCCUUAGAAUUGAUGCAAUUCUGCCAGAAGUAUAUGUUAGAGAAUUUGGUGCCAUUGCUAGAGCGCGACCCCCAGAUUAGCCAGCUACUAUUUCAAGGCAGUAGCAAGGUCAACAUCACCAAUAAGCCCGAUCAUUUGUCUGCCCUAUUGUUUACACUACAGCAGAGGUGUCGCGAUAGACAGCAACAGGUGCUUCAAAAGCAACAACAAAAUGGCGCUAAGAAUCAGUUUAGCAGAUAAUUUGCAUGACC